CUGCAAUUUCUAGGAGGUGAAACACCUAAAAUCCUCGUUGUCGCUCGUGCUUUUUCGGAUACCCCUUCUAGAAGAAUCCGAGCAAGAUGGAAAUCGAUAAUCUCACGAGAGAGAAAAGGAGCGACGUAAAUGCACCUUAUCUAUACCGAACAGAUGAGAAGCAGGGAAGAGCGAUAAAGCGCAGUGUGAUGCAAGUUGGUACUUGUUUAUUGUUUAGUGAGGGAGUGAGAGUGGAAGCGAACGGGCGUGCAUAACGCAAAGCAAUAGAGUGGACAUAAAGAAUUAGUAACAAAAAGAAUAAAUUCCGGAAUCCGGUGUUAUCGAACAAAACAAAAAGAUAAACAAAAUAUUUAGUUGCGAGUUAGAAAAAUGUUGCUUAGAACCGUUUCGAGACUUAGCAACAAAAGCACCAAGGACGAAGAGUCGUUCCAGGCCGCAAAGUAUGUGUCAAGGCUACUUCAAGACUUUGUUUUGGGGGAGUCCCUAGGAAAAGGAGGGUUUGGCGAGAUUAUUAAGGCUACGCACAAAUUCGACAAAACCCAGGUUGCUAUCAAAAUGAUCCGCUACCAAUCCGACGCAGACAGUUUAAAGAAAACUUGCCGAGAAGCCAACAUGUUGGCGCGCCUCAGUCACCCGAAUAUAGUCCGCUACUUUAACUCGUGGGCGGAAACCGCCAAAGUGCCUUUAGCAGAGUACAAAAAAUUCAACCUGGAUAGCGAGAGCGAAGAGUCCAUAAGUGCCGAGAUCGAAAAAUUCGACCAAAACGGGUACCUCAGCAGAAGCGACGAAUUUGACGAAGAAGACGACGACGAAGAGGAAGGAAACUGCACCGACGACGAUUGUUCGAUAGUCUUCCAAGAAGCCGAAGAAAUCAAAGAACUCAACUACUUGUUCAUACAAAUGGAACUGUGCGACAAACGCACCCUGAGGGACGCCAUCGACGACAAUCUCUACCAAAAAGAAGCAAAAUUGGCGAAAUAUUUUCAAGAAAUUUGCGAAGGUCUCGCCCACACGCACCAAAACAAGAUCAUCCAUCGCGACUUGAAACCCGAAAAUAUUUUCCUGACUUGCGGGGACGUGAUCAAAAUCGGGGAUUUUGGUCUGUCGAAGCAGAUUUCUCUGAAGAACGAACUGGAGAUUUUCGAGGCUGACGUAGCGUGCACGUCAUUGACGGCACCUUGUGGGACCACCAUUUACAUAGCACCGGAGUUUUUUAACCGACCUUAUUGCAACAUAAAAAUUUUUGGAAAUUUUUUAAAACUGUGUUCUUAUUUUUCUUGGUUAUUUCAGUGAGUACUAGAAAAUCGAUUUCAGAUUCUUAAUCUGAGAAGAAUCUGUUACAUACAACCACUUUCUUACACGUGAA